UUUCUUCAUUUCCUGACCUAUGCAAAAAUAAGAAUAUCCCAAUUCAUUUAGAUGACAAUCUCCCUGCUUCUAAUAAUGUUAAAAACAAACAACAAAUAGCUUCCGUAACUUGUGAUAAACAGAAACCAAUGCUGCAAAUAACAGCUGAUAAAAUCCAAAAGACUGUUCCCAUAUUAUCUCGGUAUAAUUCAUUGCAAUCUUCUAAAAAUAAAUCUUCCUUACUCCAGAAGCAAGCUGGGUUUUCUUCAGGCAUUGCCACAAACAAAUCUAGUGAAGAAAACCAAUGUGAAAAUGUUUCAGAAACAACUAGUCUUGGUUCUUCCCACUCUAAACAGUUCAAAGAUUUUCAUAGAUUCAGUAGUUCUGUUGAAGAUCACUUUACAGCCAGUCAAAUCGUCUAUUGGCAAUCAUCAGAAGAUUUCUCAGAGAGUUUCAAUGAUACUACCAUUCCAUAUCAGCAUAUACCUGAAAUUUCUUAUCACUGUGAUAAUGAUAAAUCAAAUACUAAAUUAUCAAAAGACAUUAUACAAGUUGACAGCAAUAAGCAACCAGGUCAGAGAGAAGUGAUCUUAGAAACAGUAGAACGAAAUGAUCAAGAUAUCAAGGUGCAGAAGAUUCAAAUUAAUAAAGAAAGCUUACAAAAGGCAUGGAAUUUAGUGAAAGAGAAUGACGAAACUAUUGAGAAAUUCCAAGGGUUUUCUACAGGGAGUGGGCAAAAGAUUCAGUUAAACCAAAAAAGUUUAGAGAAGGCACAAAAUUUAGUGUAUGAUAAUGAUGAAACUGUUGAGAAAUUCCAAGGAUUUUCUACAGCAAGAGGGCAGAAGAUUCAGAUAAACCAAAAAAGCUUACAAAAAGCACAAAAUUUAUUGAAUGAUAGUGAUGAAAUUGUUGAGAAAUUCCAAGGUUUUUCUACAGCUAAAGGACAAAAAAUUCCGAUAAACCCACAAAGUUUAAUGAGUGACUGUGAUGAAACUAUUGAGGAAUUUCAAGGGUUUUCUACAGCUAAAGGGAAGAAGAUUCAGAUAAACCAAAAAAGCUUACAAAAGGCACAAAAUUUAUUGAAUGAGAAUGAUGGAACUGUUGAGAAAUUCCAAGGGUUUUCUACAGCUAAAGGGAAGAAGAUUGAAGUAAACGAAAAGACCUUACAAAAAGUACAAAAUUUAGAGAAUGAGAAUGAUGGAAUUGAUGAGAAAUUCCAAGGAUUUUCUACAGCUAAAGGGCAAAAGAUUCAAAUAAAUGAAAAGAGCUUACAAAAAGCACAGGAUUUAGUGGAUGUGAGUGAUGGAACUGUUGAGGAAUUUCAAGGAUUUUCUACAGCUAAAAUGCAAAAAAUUCAAAUAAAUGAACAAAACUUCAAGAAGGCUGAACACUACAUCACUGACAAUACACAGUAUCUAAAAUCUGCUUUAUUUUCUGAAGCAUUAAAUUCUAUAAAAAACAGUGACUUAGAAUCUAUUGAAUUGGUUAGGGAUAUGCAGAAUAUGAAGAAAAAGAAAUUUGAAGAAAGUAGAAGUCUUAAAAGAAAACUUCCAAUAAAAUCUUAUUCUGACAAACAAUUGCCAAAAAGAUUUUGUCCAUUUAAAUCUCCAAGAAUAAAUAAUAAACCUGUACUACUUCAAAAUAAAUUCAGUAACAAUACUAUUAAGAAUGUUGAGCUCAAUGAUAAAGACUGCCAUGUAUUGUGUGAUGAAAAGAAACCUAGUACUGAUUCUCUUCUUAAAAACCAAAGUUCAGAGGACAUAAUUGAAAAUGCAGCUAGUGGUAAAUAUGAAUUGAAAAGUACUAUUCCAUUGAUUAAUUUAACAGAGAAAAAUAUAUAUAAUGAAACAAAGGAACAAAAUAUCAGUAAUGAAAGAAAGUUGGGGGAUAAUCUUAUAGAAAUAAAAAAUUAUAUAACUGUAGCUGAAGCUAUAGAUGAUGGUAAAACUGAAGGUGAUGGUCAUUUAAGAGUGUCUACCACAAUAAGAAAUGAACAGUUAGAAGAAAAUAUUCAAAAUUCCCCAUCUGAUGGCUUUAAGAUAAUUGGUGAUGAAAAAGACACAAAAACCCAAGCAUUAUUGGCAGGUGAAAAUGAAUUUGUUAGACCAGGUACAACAGGCCUUGAGACUCAUGAAUUUUUAUCUUCAAACAUGACAGUAUCUUCUACCUCAGCAUCUGAUAGAAAGCUUUGUAAUAAGGAUGGGCCACAAUUACUUGUCAACUCUCAUUCUAAUUUGAAAGCAGAAAAUAUAUUAAAUGAAAAGUCAGUGAUUGAAAUAAAACAAUCUCUUGAGAAAAAUGUAGUAAAUGAUCUUUUGUUUACUGAUUUAAACUCUUCUGAAGUUAGAAUAGCUGCAAUGACAUCUGUCAGUAACACUUUGUCAGAUUUAGUGAAAGAGAAAUCAAUGAUUUCCUCAAAUGAAGAAAUUCCAGAACAAUGUGACCAAUUGUUAGAUGAGCUUCAGAAAAUUUUUUCAGAAGAUACUACUUUUGAUCCAAUUGAAACAUCUGAUAGUAAAAAAAGAAACUUUUCAGAAAUAUCUGAUGAAAACUCUACCUCAGUUUGCAAAAGAUCUAAGUGCUCUUCUGAAAAUUCGAAAUCAGUAUCCAUUCAUAAUGAAAAAGAAGAGGAUUGUGAGAACAUAAUAUCAAAAAAUUCUGAAAUUUCUGAUGAUAUAUUAGCACAAUCAAUGGAAAUAUAUGAAAACCAACCUUUAAGAUCAGCAGUUAAUACUUCAUCCCCUAUACAUGAGAUAAAACUUCAUAAUACCAAUAAGCAAAUACAGCAUGUUGAUGAUAUUCCUGUUGAGAACCAAAUGAAUGAUGAUAUCUCAGAUGAACAAGCUAUGACAUCUGCAGUUGAAAAGAUGGAAAAGGAAUUUUAUUGUAUUAAAAAUAACACAAGGCAAGGAGCUCUUGAAAAAGAUCAUAUCUCUAAACAAAAAGAAACUGAGAAAUCUAUCUCCACUUGUCACAACAAUACAACUGGAUGUUUUGUAGCAUUUCAAACAGCUUUAGGUAAAAAUGUUACUGUUUCAGAGAAGUCUGUCGAAUGUGCUAAACAGAUUUUCUCUAAGAACUGUAAUGAAGAGAAUAAUAAAACUGGGCCUUUUGUAGCAUUUCAAACAGCUUUAGGUAAAAAUGUUACUGUUUCAGAGAAUUCUAUCAAAUGUGCAAAACAGAUUCUCUCGAAGAACAAUAAUGAAGAGAAUUCUGCAAGUAAAGUAUUAGAGCAUGAAAUGUUACAGAGUCAUAUAUCAUCAGUAAAACCAAACCAGUCUGGAAUCGAGAGAAAUUCUACCGAUGCUAGUGAAAAAAAUGAGAUUGACCCACCAUAUCCAAGUAUAUUUGAAAAUUUGCAACAGGAAAACCAAAAACUUUUAAAGUUAAACAGUAAAACAAAUUCUGCUCUCUGGAAACCCUCCGUUUCACAUGGAACUGAAGACCGGCAGAGAAUUCUUCCUGUGGUUACAGAUCCUAUCCAGUUCCAUGAUUUUAGUUCAGAUAAGAAGGACUGUAAUUUCCAGUCCUUACUCUCACCAAACAUUUUCCAAGGAACAACAAGCCAUUCUGUGAAAUCUACUGCUAUCGUAUCACAGAAUACAAAAGUAUCUGACUUCAAAACUCCUUAUCGUAAAACAGGCAUUUCCCUGCCAGACAAUAAAAGACAUAUUAAAGCAAGAUCGAUCUUGGACAAUAAAGAUAAAGAAUCAAUGAACAAACCUAUAUUUAAAGGUUAUCAACCUUCAGCUUGCACAUCAUUUUCUAAAGAAAGCAUUUGUUCCAAUAACAGUAGUAAUUUCAAAUCACUUCCAACAGACAUGAGUACAACACUAAGUUCUGACAAAAGUGAUGCAUCAGAUAUUGAAUAUUCAGAGGUUUCUGAGGAUACAGCUGCAGAGAAAGUUACAUUGCCUUAUAUAAAAUUUCCCAAAUCAUUUUCCUGUCAAGAUCUAUCAUCAAAUACAACUGGAAAGAAACAUGAAAAUGUAAUUCCAUGUAAUAUUAAUGAAAUAACAAGAAAAUGUUUAGCCUCAAAAAGUUUGGGAGAUACUGAAAUAAGAAGCACAAAUCCAGCUUCUACCAAGUCUGAAUGCAUCACAAUUUCUUUGUACCAUGAAAAACAAGAUUCUAAUUACCCUGAAAAUUGUCUAAACCAUUCAGAAACUGGGCUUAGUGCACCUUGUCAUCAAAGAAAUAAAAGUGAAGAAUUACCUAUAAAAGAUCGCAAAAUUCAUUGGAAUAUUAAUAGUGAUGAUAUAAAUCCUGAAAAAAAUGAUCCAUCUCUCUUGUCUUCCGCUGUAGCUUCCAACUAUGAAAACAAGAAUUCAGAAUUUUCCAAAUCUGAAAAUUUGAUUAGUUUUCAAAAAGCUCGAUGUGAUCAAGAUACUAUAAUAAUGAAGAAAAAAAAUAAAAAUAUCCAACCCAACAUUGGUUUAUUAAUGUCCCAGAAACAAUCAGAAAGACAACACAAGAUUUUGGACUUCUUAAAAGACACUUCUUUCGUUCAAUAUUCACAUCAGCAGCUUUUUGCUUUUGGUGUACGACAAAGUGUUUUAAACAUCAACUCUACAAAUGCGGAGAAUUAUCAUUUUCAACUGUCUGACUUCUACAAUAUUAGCUACUUUGAUAAAUUUGUUAUUGGUGAUGGUGCAUUACUGGUACCCAAUGACUCAGGAAGUGCUGGCAAAAAAGAAUUCUUUAGAUCAUUCUUAACAAUUGAAUCUGUGGACCCUAAUCUGAUAUCCAGAGCCUGGUUCUUUAAUCAUUACCGCUGGGUUAUCUGGAAACUAGCUGCAUAUGAAGUGACUUUACCCACUUUAUUUGGUGGAAGAUGUCUCUCUCCUGAAAUGGUUGCUCUUCAGCUCAAGUAUAGAUAUGAUCUUGAAAUUGAUAACUGUAAGAGGUCAGCUUUGAGGAAGGUUACUGAACGUGAUGAUACACCAGCAAAGAGGAUGAUUUUGUGUGUGUCAAAUGUUAAUAAAGAGUUAAUGAAAGCUGAUAUGUCCUCAACGAUUCAGAAUACUGAGCAAUGUAUUGAAGUUACUGAUGGCUGGUACUCUUUGAAAAUGAUCCUUGAUAAUCAAAUAAUGAACUUAGUUGCCAACAAGAAGAUCAGAGUUGGUCAAAAGUUGUGUAUCUGUAAAGCUGAGCUAGUUGGGAGUGAAGAAGCCUUCAACCCACUUGAGGCAUACUCUCAAGUUCAGCUGAAAGUCAAUGGGAACUGCUGCCGCCCUGCUAAAUGGAAUAGUAGAUUGGGAUACCAGCGUGACCCUCGACCUUUUGCCAUCCCUAUCUCCCAUAUAAACCAAAAUGGUGGAUUGAUUGGUUCAGUUGAUGUUGUUAUAGCUCGAAUCUAUCCUAUAAGGUACAUGGAAAAAGUAAGUGGAUCAAGAGCUGUUUUCCGGUCAAGUCAUAAUGAGCGUAAAGCAGAAGAACAAUACAAAAGAAUUCAACAGGAAACACUUGAGAGAGUUUAUAACAAGGUGCAGCAAAACUAUAAAGAGAUUGUAUCAAAAGGAAAUAAUGGGAAGCCAAAACAGUUUACUCAUAAGGACAUUGCUAUUUUGGACAGUGGCAGAGAUAUUUAUGAUGCAAUAUUGUCAGCUUUACACCCUGAAAGUGUUCAAGAAUAUCUUACCGAACAUCAAAGAACACUGUUAGCCAAUUAUCAGCAAGAAGUUCAAAAUUUAAGAAAUCAGAAAAUACAAGAUGAAUUACAGAAAGCUCUUUCAGAUGAAAAUGAGAAGAAUCCAAAACGCAAUGUUGUUGCUGUUUUAAAAGCAAGAUUGGUGGGCUGCAGUGAACGAGAUCAAGAACCACUUGCCACUACGCUAUUGACUAUAUGGAAACCAACAGAAGAACUCAUAAACACCUUGUCAGAGGGUUCAAGAUAUCGUAUCUACAACCUGGUCCCUGCACAGGCUCGAUUUCAAUCCCUGAAAACUACAUCUGUCCACUUGACUGUGACUCGAUCAACUCACUUUGAAUGUCUGAAAAUAGAUGCAAGCAAGCUUUCGGAAAUAUAUUCUCCAAGAAAGGUAUUUACCACCGCAAACAUAAUAACUGACCCCUGCCUACAAAAUUAUUAUGAGGUCGAUAUGGCUGGAAUAGUAUUAAAUAUUUCAAAGUCUCUCACAAUAAACCACCAUAAACUUGAACAGUUACAUGCAGUUGAUGUUGAAGGGAACAUUUUCACAAUUUGUUUCUGGGGCUAUAUGCAGGUAUUUUCAGUGGAUAAUAUUCUACAAGAAGGUGUUGUUUUCGCUGCAAAGAAUCUAUUAAAGUACAGACAAGAUGGACCUCAUUCCGUUACUGUUGACGCUAGCACUGAGAUCUCUGAUUUCACUCUAAAUCCACAAUCUGGUCACAUGAAAGAGUGUGUAAGUCAGCUGAAAGAUUUAAAGGUGAAAGAAGGAUUUCUAUCAGCAGCUUACAAGAAAUUAGAACAAGGAAAACUGUCUUUAAAUCUUCAGGGUGCAGAGCAGAAAUAUCAUGUAAAAGAGAAUGUUUUGCACACUUCAUCUUCAGAUGAUUCCAUGAAGGCUCAGAAAGUUACUCAACAAAUGAAAAUGUCCAGACUUCUCGCGUGUGGUGCUGCAUCCAGCUUGCCUCAUUUAGCCAGUUGCUCGUCUCCUUCUGUACAUAAAGCAUUUAAGGCUCCUACCUUAACCAAAGCUAAAAAAUGACCAGUUCCUUACAUAUGUAGUUUUGUAUUAUAUUGCUUUCAUUCACAUUUAUUAUUCCAUUAAAUAGUUCUAACCACUUGUAAAUCUGCCAAAGUCAAACACAAUCUUUUCUCUUUUUGUUAAAUCACUUAAUCUGUAAAUGUUAUAUAUAAGCACGUAUGUGGUUGUGUGGUAACAAAUUUGCUUCACAACCACCACAUGGUGCUCCUGCAUGGCCACAGUCAAAUGACUGAAGCAAGUAAAAAAAUAUGGGCAUGGGUGUGGCUGUGUCAUAAGAAGUUUGCUUCUUAACCACAUGGUUCAGUCCCACUGUGUGGCACCUUGGGCAAGUGUCAUCUACUAUAGCUCCAGGCCAACCAAGGCCUUGUGAGUGGAUUUGGUAGAAAGAUUUUGAAAGAAGCCCAUCGCGUGUGUCUGUUUGUCCCCACCAUUGCUUGACAACCAAUGUUGGUUUGUUAUAUCCCCAUAACUUAGCAAUGCAGUAAAGUGACCAUUAGAAUAAAUACCAGUCUGAAACAAGUAAAAAGAUUUUUUUUUAAAAAUACAUACAUAUGCAUACAGUGGAGUCUCUAUAUAUGAACAGAAUCCAUUCCAGAGCCCUUUGUCUAUUACAUAAGUAAUUGAACUCCAUAUAAAUAAAUGUAAUCCAAUCCAAGCCACACUCAAACUCCACAUAACGGCAUGAAAUGAUGUUUUAUUUGUUCAUCUAUCAAUAGCAAAUAAAUAAAUAUAUACACGUA